AUGACGGCAAAAAACGUCCUCCUGCUUGUCGCAGACGACCUAGGCAAACAACUAGGCUGCUACGGUCAUCCCAAUUCCAAAACCCCAAACAUCGACAACCUCGCUUCCCAAGGUGUACGAUUCGACAGAGCAUUUGCAUCCACCGCCUCAUGCAGCGGAAGUCGCUCUACCAUCUACACCGGAUUGCACACCCACCAAAACGGCCAGUACGGCCUCAACAGUGGAAAGCAUCAUUUCAUGACCUUUGACCACAUCCAGUCCGCUCCAGCCAUCUUAGCCAAAAACGGUGUGAGGACUGGAAUUAUUGGCAAGAUUCACGUUGGGCCUGAUGCUGCGUAUCCUUGGGAGUGGAGAGCUGAGAGUUUGACGAGAGAUGUCUGGUGGUCUUCGCAAAAGGCGAAGGAGUUCUUUGCUGUGGGGAAAGAAGAUGGGAGGCCGUUUGUCUUGACGGUUGGUUACCAUGAUCCGCAUCGUGAUCGGACGCGUGGCGGCUUUGGGAACGAUGAGCCUGUUGAUGAUCGUGUACAAAGUGUCAAGUAUCGCUCUGAAGAUAUGGUUGUUCCUGAAUUCUUGUCCAAUACUCCUGGAGCUAGACACGAGCUUGCAGAGUAUCUGGAAGCCAUAAGUCGCUUAGAUCAGGGCAUUGGCUUUAUCCUCGAUGAGCUUGAGAACGCAGGUCUUGCCUCGACUACGUUGGUUAUCUUCAUGAGCGACAACGGGCCUCCGUUUAUGAACUCAAAGACAACUUUGUACGACGCAGGUGUUCAGCUUCCACUUAUUGUGCGACACCCAGACUUCAGAGCUGCUGUGAACACAAAUCUGGUGUCGUAUGUGGACAUUUUACCAACCAUACUUGACUGGGUGCUCGGUCAAGCCGCUGAAGGGUCGAAGAAGCACCUAUCAGGUCGCUCGUUUCUCAAGAUUCUCAACGAGGAAACGAAUCUCGAAGCUUGGGACCACGUUUUUGGCUCACAUACCUUCCAUGAAUCUACCAACUACUGGCCCACCCGCUUUAUCCGCACGCGACGCUACAAAUACCAUCGCAAUAUAGCUUGGAGACUAGACUUUCCAUUCGCGAACGACAUCUACGGCUCAUUAGCAUGGGAAGACAUUCGCAACUCUGAAGAUAGUCCCAAGAAGAUUGGGCAGAGGAACCUGAAAGAUUACUUCUUCCGUCCGGCUGAAGAGCUGUACGAUUUAGAACUUGACCCAUAUGAAGUUGUGAACCUCGCUAAAGACCCUAAGUAUGAAGAUGUUUUGGAGGAGUUGAGGGAUAGACUUGAGAAUUGGCAGCGGAGGACGAAUGAUCCUUGGCUUUAUCGUGAUGGAGUUUCUGUUCUGUUGAAUAAGCAUCAUCUUGAUGCUGGGUUGGAAGUUCCUGAUAAGUGGGAUCUUGAUGUUGAGCAUCCUGAGACAAAGGGGGUUGCAAAGUACAGGAAUCUGCCAUUCGGUAUAGCGGGGACGAGGGAUUGA